AUAUCAAUCAUGACAUCAUAAAUCAGUAAUCCAUUGAUCUUCUAGCCACUAGAUUAAAACGCGUGUUCAGCAAAGAUUACUUAAAGGUCCCGCCCAAAAAUCACCUAUUUUUAUAAAAAAGUGCAGUGAUAAACUUUCCUUAAAAUAAGGUAUAAUCCAAGUUGUUAUCUUGUAGGAAAAUCGUGAACUUGAGCACCAAAAGAGGAUAUGCCAACCUUUGUUUUGUGCAACGUAACUGGAACGAGGCUGGCUUUCCCACGACGCGAUCCCAAUUCACACUGAAAUGUGACUCCAUUUUAACGUCAUAACAAAUUUUCUUUGCCACAUUUAUUGACGUCACAAUCACGGGAUUGAUUGUUAUAUAAAGGAAAUAUUCGGGCGGCAAAGACGGUUCUUAUUCACCUUUAUCGUCUCUGGUUGCAAAUUGGCAAGCGUUUGAUUUCUCAGAGCUAAUAUCUCAAACAGUCUAAGAAAUUACUUCCUGAAGUAUUAUUUCUCAGCCGAAUACCGUAUCUAUAAGCUGCUCAGACAGCCAACACAGCUUCUACUAUGGAUAUGAAUAAGAGGUCCUAUUUCUUGGUCGUUGCCACCGUCAUUGUUGCAGUCGUAAUCACACUUUUUCUGAGAAAAUCUUCUUAUGGGAAUGAAAAAAUGGAAGUGAGGUUGCCGAGUGAAAACUCAUUCCCACUGAAAAAUGUCGCCAAUGAUGGCUACAGUUUGACUCAAGGAAAAAGAGGGAAAGGAAUUGGAUCUAAGGACAUAAAUGGAAGAAGGCAACAAGAAGAAGACUAGAUGGCACCACCGAGGCAGCAGACAGACGCGGACGAUGUUCACCAAGGCAACAGUGAACACGAAUGAGUUCAGUUUUGAACAAGAUGGCGUUACGUGGUUUAGAAACGUUCUUGCCUUUCUUGGCAAAAGUCUAGGAAGCUCCUUGCACCGAGAUGCAUCGCUGGAUUUUGCAAGACAGCUUUAUUUUAGAUAGAUGUUAGAAGGACUGUUAAUGUAUUCCAAAGCAGUAGAUGUGAAGUUUUCUGCUAACAAUAGCUGUAAAUGAAGCUAGGCUGUUUUUGUUAUAUUAAUUGAUGUUAAAUGCGUUUGUCCUCAAUGAUUCGUUCUAGACUUAAAUAAUAGGCUUUUUAUGUGCACCGUUGGUGAAAUUAGUACUAGGACUAUGGCCUAGAAACAAAGUGUUUGUUGCCCUUUGUUUGAAGCACAACAAAGAAGGUAGUGACCCACAACAAGAUUGACCGCUAAAAUUUUUGAUUAAUUUGAUGCAAUUGUGAAAUGAGCAUAAAUUAAACAAAUGAUAACAACUAUAACUGUUUCUGUUGGCUAAAACGAGUUUUUUAAGACUUUUUCAAACCCAUUUGAAAGAACAAUUUGAAAGGAAACACUAAUUCUGCCACAACCAAGUCGUCAACAUAAAGAAACUGCUUUCUGUAUAAAAAACCUAAACCAAUUAUUCUCUUCUCAAAUCUGCAAAAAUUUAUCAUUACUUUGAUUCAGCAUAAAGGAUGGUUGGUCUGAGGAUGACAGAAAAAAGAACAAAAGAUGACACUUUCUUCCAUCCACUUUUUCUCCUGGAGCAAAUCUUUUAUUUCUAGCUUUAUUGUAAAAGGUUUGGUUUUUUGCGACGACGAUGAUCUGCCUGUUUUGUGCUUAUCGAUGGUCGAGCGGUAGAACCAUGAGCAUGCAGAAGACAAAAAUGGACUUAUGUAAAAGUUGUAGUAAAUCGUUAUUUCCUGCAAAUAUUCUUUCCAAGUACUAGGUCUAUUCUCGCUGAUCGCAGUCACGAUUAAAACACUAAAUUACAUGACAAAUGAAUGUCAACAUCCAUGCAGCCCUUCUCAAGCACUAAACAGGAAAAAAGCAAAACAUUAGGCUCCAACCUGGUACGCAAAUAAUCUAUAUUCACUAACCUCAACAUUUAUACUCCAUGACAUGUGAGUAGAUUCAGGGCCACAAGAGCCUUCUCAAGACAAUUGCGCCUGCCUGUCUUGACCCAGACUUAACUAACAUACUUAACUGAAAUGCGAAUAGCCUACAUUUCAUACGUGUGCCGAAUGGCAAAAUAAAUGCCAAAGGCUACGCCAAAGUCCUGAGACGAAGGCUGAAGUCGAAAGGGUGAA